UUAAUUGAAAGUAAAAAAAGUUUGAGAAUCUUUCAGUUGUGUCAGUGUCACCCUCGAAAGGGCUUGCCAGUGUUUCUGUUUCUCUUGACCGCUCUAGAGUACUGGAUAGAUAGCUUAGAACCCCAACCGUUCUUCACUAUUAUUAAGGGAGUAUAAAACACUGCUGCACCAAAAUCUGCUCCUCAUUUCUGCAGAACUCAAACUCCGCCUUUUCCUAUGGCAACACUCUAUAAACUCGCAUCCUUCGUUUCAAUCUCCUACCACAAGCCCUUCUUGUACCAUAAACAACAACAACUACAACAACGAGAAAUAAAUCUCGCAACUUGUGCUUGUUCAAUCAAGAAACCCAGGGGUAGUCGGAAGGUAAAGAACAAUGUGGAGCUUUGCAACGAUUUGCGUGAAUUUGUAUCAACUUUUGGACUGCCAGAGGGUCAUGUACCUUCAAUCAAGGAGCUUCAAGAUCAUGGAAGGAAUGACCUGGCAAACGUUGUGAGACGGAGAGGAUAUAAACUUAUUAGAGAUCUUCUUUCAAGUUCAACUGAAUCAGACAGUGAUGAGCUGCCUAAUAUGGAGAAAAAUUUAGCUAAAGGACAGGAUACAAUCAAUCAUAGUGCAGAUAUUAUAGCAACAGAAGGUCAGGAUGAGAAGGUGAAGGAUUGUUCCUUGUCAACUGAAGUUACUAUCACCAAGAACCAUUCUGGAAAUAUAGAUUUUGAGCUGGAACACAAAUCUGGUGGGCAGAUUUGCAUGCCAAUAGAGUCGCCAGUCGAUUUGACAUUGGAGAAGAAGGCCUUGUAUGAUGUAGAGCAGCCAGAUGAAAAUUUUCAAAUCAUAGUCAAAGAUAGACUGUUGUCGUCAUCCUUAAGUUCUUUUGAACAACAAGAUGAGGAAGUUAAAUGUAUGGUUGAAGAUAAUUCCAUGUCAACUUCAUUGUAUGAUGUGGAACAGCAAGGUGAAGAAGACUUAAGCAUGGUCAAACAAUUUUCCUUGUCAGCAGAAGUUUCCAUUGCUGACAGCAAUCUUGGUGUCUUGAAUGUGUAUCCAGAUCUCAACUCCAAUGAAGAUACUUCCAUGCCUGUAGAAACUUCAGCUACUUUUUCCUUUGAGGAAAAAGUAAAAAAUGAUUCAGUUCAGGAUGAGAAGGUCAGCAUUGGAGCGGAAGAAAUGUCAUUGUUGAGUGGGGUUUCAGACACACAAUAUUAUGCCAAUGUGAAAAAUAUUUCGGGUCUCAUUGAUAACAAUAAUAGUUGCAUGCCAGCCAAUUCAUCAUUGGUGGAAAAGGUGGCAAAGUUCAUUCAGAAUGGAGAUUUGGAUACCAUUGAAGAUAAUGUCUAUGGCUUGUCAAAUGAGAGUGGUAGUGGAGAAAGCAAGGAAUUUAGGGAACCAGAAAACAUUGCUGAAGAUCAUUCAAAGAUCUCAUCUGAAGAGAACUUUGAAAAUGUAGUUGGUGAAAGUGAUACUGCUUCAACAUUAAAUGAAAAUUUAUCAACAUCCAUGCAAGUUGUGCCUUCUGUGACAGUAAGCCGUGCCCUCAGGAAUGAAUCACCAGCUGAAGGUCUUGCUGGUGCUGAUGUUGAUCAGGAUUUGGAUAUAGAGAUGAACAAAAAGGACAAUCAGAUUGAGAUUAAUCACCUCAAAUUCGUACUGCAUCAGAAAGAGUUGGAAUUAUCCCAGUUGAAGGAACAGAUUGAAAAGGAAAAGAUUGCUUUGUCUGCUUUGCAAACCAAGGCUGAGAGAGAAAUCAGCAAAGCGCAAAAACUUAUCUCAGAAAAAGAUGCUGAAUUACUUGUUGCUGAAGAAAGCCUUGCAGGACUAGUGGAGGUUGAGGUUGCGUAUUGUGGGAAUGGUGAAAUGGUGGAGGUAGCAGGUAGCUUCAAUGGUUGGCAUCACCCGGUUAGACUGGAUCCUCAGCCAUCCUCUAGCAUCAAAGAUCAUUUUGGAUCAAGUCUGUAUUUUGUUUUAACUGCGAGGGAAUCCAGAGCUCACUGCGAUGCAUGUUUGCCCAGGAAAUCCAGACUCUGGUCAGCAAUGCUGUGGCUUUAUCCUGGGGUAUAUGAGAUAAAAUUCAUUGUUGAUGGCCAUUGGAGGGUUGAUCCUCAGAUGGAAUCGGUUACCAAGGGUGGAAUUUGUAACAAUGUUCUCCGAGUCAACAGAUGAUAUUGUAUUUCGGCAUUCUGGGUGGAAGGAUACUCUAGCAAUCUUUCUGAACUUGAGUACAGACAUGACAUGAUAGAUUGGGUGGUUGAAAUAUCCGUAUAGAUGGUGAGCAUUUGAGCUGCGAAGAAAGGGUCUUAGCUUCUGUGCAGUAUUUAUAAUUCCAUGUUCUUCAAGAUAAAGCCAAAAUCCAUUGCUUGCAAGAACCUGGUUAGCAGCAAGAAGAAACCUGAGACUUGCUAUGCUAUGCAUAGGGAUGAAGUCGAAGCGUUGAUGCACUCCUGGGGUGCCACAUGCCUGCAGGUUUGUUCUAGCUAGAGGGACAUAGCAAGAUUCGCAGAAGGAAUGGGCUGCUGAAUGUGCAUUUGUAAAUUUUAACUGGCGAGAUAUAAGAAACCUCGAGUAGAUCAGAUUUGAAAUGGACGUCUUUCUUUCCGGUCCUUGAUUUUUGCAUUUUUCAAUUCUCAAGUUGCCUCUUUUAGGUGUUAGUCUUAGAGGG